CAUUUUCCACUAUCAACCCGAUUACCACCAACAUACAAACAAACAGAGCCAUUCUUCAUUUUACUUUCUUUUCAUUUUGUGUUCUUGCCUUGGGAUUCUCCUCGAUUCAUUUCUCUUGGUAAAUUCUUGUAGAAUUCUGUUUCUGGGUGUUUGAAUGGCUUCCCCUGUUGAGAAUUUGAGUGUUGUAGAGGAAGAGAAAAAGGAAUGUAUUGGUGUUCUUGAGGUGUUUGUUCACCGAGCAAGAGAUAUUCAUAAUAUAUGCAUUUACCACAAACAAGAUGUGUAUGCAAAGCUUUCCUUUACAACACAUCCUGAAAACUCUGUAUCCACUAAAACCAUCAAUGGUGGUGGGAAGAAUCCUGUGUUUAACGAGCGUGUUCGUCUCGAUGUUCCGAUGAUCGAUACGACGCUCAAAUGUGAGAUAUGGAUGUUGAGUAGGGUCAAGAAUUAUCUUGAAGAUCAGUUGCUUGGUUUUGCUUUGACCCCUUUAACAGAAGUUGUUGUUGUGAAUGGAAAGUUAGAGAAAGAAUUCAGUCUUUCAUCGACCGAUUUGUUCCAUUCUCCCGCCGGGUUCGUGCAGCUAUCGCUUUCGUAUAAUGGUGCUGCUCCAGAAGUCAUGGCGAUACCGGUCGUUGAAACAAUUGUAGAGGUCGAAGAUUCGGAUUUAACCGAGCCACGUCCAAGUGAUUUGGAUAUGAUCGAAUUCCCCGAUCCAAAGAUUGCGAAUGAAGAUCAGAUAAUGGUGUCUGAGUAUUUUGGUAUCCCGUGUUCGAAUCUAGAUUCUGAAUCUUCUGAGAGCUUGACUAUUUCUGAAGUUGAAAAUCAUGGUAUUCCCGUUGUCGAAAGCUUUCCAACGAUGAACGACAAGUCGAACGAAGAAGAUUCGAAGGUCGAUUCUCCACCGAACAAUGUGCAAAAUGAUACGGUUUCUUCACCUUCGUCGUCGAAAGCUCAAGCCAGUUCAAAUGGCACAGCUGAUAAAGAACAAACAGCUGAAAAUGGUGAGGUUUAUGGUUCCUCUAGUGACACAAUUACGAAGCCUUUAGUUUCUGUAAGCGUUGAGCCGCCGGAGGACAAGGUAGUGCAGCAAGACAUUGUGGAUAUGUACAUGAAAAGUAUGCAACAAUUCACUGAGUCAUUAGCAAAGAUGAAGCUUCCUUUGGAUAUCGACACCAACAGCUCUCCGAGUUCAGCUACCUCGAGCUCCGACCCAAACCUAAAAUCUCCCAAGAACAGCGGCUCCCGUGUGUUUUACGGGAGCAGGGCGUUCUUCUAAUUGAGCGAGUUCAUCGACUUUAGAUCUUAGAAUGAGGCAGCUAGGCAGCUAAAACGAGUUUGUUUUGUGUUUUGUUUGGUUUUGAGGAUGUUUUUUUUUUUUUUUUG